GUAUAUUUUACUUAGAAAAUGUAUAUAUUACCAAGAAAUGAAUAUUUAUUAAAUACCUGUACUAUCUAAACCCAAUCAGUUAUUUUAUAAAUGCGUCAUCAGCACCCAUUUUCCAAGAAAAGCAACUUAAGCAAUAAUAUCGGUCAUUGUUCGCUAAAACCAGAUCCAAUGAUUAACACAGUUUAAAUUAAGUUGUUUUAGAAAGCAGAUGUUUAAACACGAUUAAGCAAUAACAGUAUUCUAUUUGUUGUGAUGGCAAUUCAACUACACUAAUCAAGAAAAUGAUUAUAUUAAAAUCUUGCCUAUUAAUAAUAUUUAGUGCAAUUGUGAUGAAAGUUCAAUAACGUUGUGUUAUAGACAUGUUUUUAUCGAGCAUGACCUCAUGCUUAGCCACACCUUUAUCAUAGAAAAAUAUUUUUUGACCGACUAAGCAUAAGCAUUUCUGCAAUUAGAAUUUGAGUGAAGCUGUAAUAAGUAAAAGCCGGAAACUUAUAUGUUCACAAUCAACUACUUAUGAUCUAAAAAAUUGGACCGGGAGGAAUAAUGUUUUUGGGUAAAUUUAUUUAAAAUAUCCCCUUUUCAAAGACACCCUUCCACUGUCAAAGUGCCCUGCAAAAGGAUAGGCAGGUCACCUAGCUAUCUGCUAUGCCGCACCGCAGGGAUACCGAAGGGCGGAAAGGAAAGGACGAGCAGGGGCGCGCCUGCGAUCCCGGGGGAUGGGGUGCCAGACGCAGGAAGGGAGGAUAGGAUAUUCGGAGCGCGGCUGCAGCAGCCGGAGAGAGACCAGCGCCAGCUGAGGGUUGCAAUAUCCUGCUGCUGCCUUUGAGCCUGCAGAGUUCAGUCGGCAGCCUGUGGCCUGUAGCCAGUAUCCUGUUGCCCUCCCGCUUCAGCUGCCGCAACUCAAACAGCUGCAACAAUUUUUUGUUUCCCUGCCCCAGCCCCUGUCGGAUUGUUGUUUUUAAUUUCCUUGGCGCGGCACAUCCCCUAAUGCCACUAUCUCUGGUUCCUGCCUCAGUUUGGGGUUGGAGUUGCCCUGCCAGUUGCCAGUUGGUCGCCGUGGUGCAGUUGGUCGCAGCUCAGUCGUGGCGAUCGCCAGGUGAACGAAGGUUGUGUCGCGCAGAGUCGAUUUUGGGAAGCCACAAGAUUGCAGGAGAAGCAGAUCAUCCACGAACCAAGCCAUGUCGGGCAAGCUGAUCAUGAAGCGCAAGCGGGCAAGCCAGGAGGAGCAGCAGCAGGCGCCGGAGCAACUUGUCCAGCCGCAGGAGCAGCACCAGCAGCAGGAUGUGGCAGCUCCGGAGAAACGUCAUCGUCCGCUUACUCCACCCGCCGAGGAACCAGGACAGGAUUACCCAGCAGAGCCCGAUGCCCCCAACAGAAUCCUCCUAGAAGCCCUGCAAAAGAUCAUGGAGCUGCAAGCCGAGCUGGAUGCUUUUGAACAGGAUCUGGAUGAGCGUGAUGGCUAUGCGGCCGCAGGAGCUGAACAGGAGGAGGAGGAGGCCGAGGAUGCCGAAGUGGCAGCCCAGUUUGGACCACCCACUCCAGCCCAAAGGAGUCAGGCGGAGGCAAUGGGCUUUGCCAUGUGCGCCAGGGAAACGCUGCUCUUCCUCCAGAGCGAGGGAAUACCCACGGAGUCGCCACUUUACCAGACUCUCCUCGGAAAACUGGUGGGCCAGAGCGAUGGACUGCUGCACGCCUGAGAGUAAAUUGGAGGGCAGGAGCUGCUCCGCAUUCUAGUCACUUUGCUGCGAUCUCAUUGCAAGUAAAACGAGAGAGAGAGUCCUGGGGUGGAAAUUGGGCAUCCCGGGAGUCUGCGUAACCCUAAGCUGUUUACUCUAGUCAACUAUUGUGAAGCAAUAUAAAAAUCAUAAGCAACAACGAAAUAUAGAAAUAAACUAAUAACUUAAUUGUACAAAAACAUGUUUUUGUUUCUGGUUGGUUUCCCACAAUUCUCGUUUUCAGCUUCCAAUAAAAAACACCCACUUCUCUUUCGAUUUUCGAUACAUUUUAAAUAUAUUUAUUUAUUCAUUUGUUUAUUACUUGUGUUAUUUGAUUUUACAUAUAAUAAUUAAUGAGAAUAACUCAAUCGCAAUAUAUUAUUUCUUUUAAUUCAUUUUGUAGGUAUAUCAUAUAAGUGUAUAUAUUCUUAUUGUUGUUAGGGCGGGGGUGUUUUGUUGUUCGGUUAUUUCAUUAACUUGUUAUCAUAAAUUACCUGGGGCUUCGAACCGCCCUAAAGUAGCAUUUGUUAUAAUUUCAUAUUAGUUAUCUGUAUAAUUUGUAACAACAAUAAUUAUUUGUAAUAAAUGGUUGUAAUUCCUUUGUAUUAUCUGUAUUACUGAUAUUCCAUUAAAACUAGAUUUUAAUUGUUUUCAACAAUUUAACGGUUCACAUGGUUGUAAGUAAAUGGUUUUUGGACAAGAUAUCGUUUAAUCCUAUUCGAGUAGAUGUUUAUUCCAUUGCGUUAGUAGAGUCAAAUUGAUUCGCUCGAAAAAUCAAAUGGGGUUACGCAUAAAAAAUGAUAAUAUCUAAAAAUUGGCAUUUCAAUUGGUAAUUUCAGACCUGGAAGGGAUCCCAUCGGGCCGAUCCACUUCCUUCAUACAUUUGGCACACUUUCUUGGUUCUACUUAAGCUCUACAGAGAAUUCUCUUUAAUUUAGAAACUAAUUAAGGUAAACAGAAGACGAAAUAUUGAGCUUGGCAACUGAUCGAAUUGUCGAUUACAGAGUUGUAUUUAGUUUACUUUUGUUAGUUAGUUUGAUUUAGUAUAUAAUUAAUGGAGACAGCUGGACAAAGCAGACGACUCAUUGUUGAACAAUUGUGGAAUCGAAAAGUGAGUAAGGUAAACGAAUCCCUCGUUGAAUGCUUCGUCCGGCGUCAUGGGUUAAAUGGGUUAAGUACAUUGAAUUACAUUGUUAUUACGUUAAUUCUAUUUUGUGUUACGUUUGUCGCUUUAUUAUAACUUUGUAUUUGAUUCGUGUAUAAGUAAAUCGAGUAUUGUUAUUCUUACGUUUGCAUUUAAGUAUUCUCUUUACUCUGUUAUUGUUUUCGUAUCUGGUGUUUUAAUAAAGUAAUCAUUUGCAGCACUGUCCACUUAUGGACAUUGAUUCACAAUAAACUUGUAUAUAUUUUUGUAUUUUGUUAGUUAUUUGUAGAUCUUUAGUAUUCGAUAUAUUUUAUUCUGAAUGCUCGAGUAUUAGAUAAUUUUCGUUAAGGUUAAUCUGUUACUUUCGUGUCAACAUGUGAUUAGUCGAUCUCUGUUAAUUAUGUAAAUAUUAGAAUUUGUAAGUGUA